AUGCUUGUGGCCCGACAAUUGAGGUGCUGUUCCGUUCGGUCUAGCUCGGUUUUAACUGCUUUGGGGCCCAAAUUUAUCUUCGGAUUAACUAAAGGAAAGAGCUGUGAUAAAAAUUCUGAAGGUGCUCUUACCUCCACAAAAGUCAAACUAGCCUUUAUCCUUUAUGUUAUUGGCGAAGAGCUUUUAUCUAAAAAAAGUCCCAAUGGUGUAUAUAAUAGUGCAUUUAAUAUCUGCAAGAGCAAUGCACAGUCGCCGCGGUCGAAGAGGCAACGUGGCGUAGGUAUUUAUUUAACAAUGACAAAUUUUAGUCACAAUGAGUGGCGCGACGGGCAAGGCAGACUUCAUAUGUCUCUUAAGUUUUAUUUAAAAGGAGCCAUUGGUUCUGGUGUUGCUCAACUCGAAGUUAUGGAGGUGAGCAUCGCUGAUCAAUUGCGUAAAUAA